AUGGAUCAUAUGAGGAUACAUACUUACAAGACUCGAGCAAACAAGAAGCAUAAAGGGCAACAGUUGUUGAAUGAUUUCAUCUUGUAUUCCUUGACUACAUUAGCAUGUACCUCAUUCUGUUCUAGUCCCUUGUGGUAUCCUCCAUUCUGUGCCACCUUCAAUGUCUUUUUCUUCUUCUCUCUCCCAAAGAUCACUUCGUUUUUCUUCACUAGCAAGGCUCUCUUCAUCGUGGGCAACCUCAUUGUCAUCUUCUUAUUGGGAGAAUCAAAGUUUUUUGCUUCUAAGUCUAAGGCUUACAAUCAUGUCUCUCAACUUCAAGUUAUCUCCAUAUCACAACAACCAAAGGUUAUUAAAAUUAUCACUGAGGAAAUUUCCAAUCACGAAUCAAUGCCUUGUGAACAACACGACGAUGAUACGUUUUUUGAGACAUACAAUGACGAAGAAACAUAUGAAUGUGUUGUCGAUAAUAAUGUUGAAUCAUCUACUCAUGAGGAGGAUUUGAGUUGUUCAAAGCUGGAGCCAAACGAAGUAGAGGAAGAGAAACAUGGGGGGCUGGAGGAAGACAUGGAAUUGAGUUUACCUGCAGAAGAGUUGAACAAGUUGGCUGAUGAUUUUAUUGCAAGAAUCAUCAGACAAAGAAAGCUUGAAGCUGAAUAUUGUAGGAGUUAA